GCGGCUUUCGUCCGGAUGGAUUCUGGAACCCGUUAGGUUCUUUUGCCGGUGACUUCUCCUCAGCACUCGCCCCACGCAGCGCCCAGUGCGGGGACAUGAGUGUUCCUGAGCCACCGCCUCCGGACGAGGUCCUCACGGGGCCUUCCGACAGCCUGGAGGCCGGCGAGCCCACGCCGGGCUUAAGUGACAUGUCCCCAGAUGAAGGACUGAUAGAGGACUUCCCAGUGGAGGACAGAGCUGUAGAGCACUUGGUGGAAGGCCUGCUGUCCCACUACUUACCAGAUCUGCAGAGGUCCAAGCAAGCGCUCCAGGAACUCACACAGAACCAAGUUGUGUUACUAGAUACACUGGAACAAGAGAUUUCAAAAUUUAAAGAAUGCCACUCCAUGUUGGACAUCAAUGCUUUGUUCACGGAGGCGAAGCACUAUCAUGCCAAGCUGGUGAAUAUAAGGAAGGAGAUGCUGCUGCUCCAUGAGAAAACGUCAAAGUUGAAAAAAAGAGCACUGAAGCUGCAGCAGAAGCGGCAAAGAGAGGAGCUGGGGAGGGAGCAGCAGCGCCAGAAGGAGUUUGAAAGAGAAAAGCAGCUGACAGCCAAGCCAGCCAAGAGGACCUGAGCAGCCUGCUUCCGGGUUCCUGUCCCAUCCCGCUUCCUGGACCUCCAGUGCUGCACGCAGAGAGCAAGGCAUGGCCGGUGCCUUAUGCCGUGGCAUGUCCUGAAGUCUGUCCAGGGCUGCUGUGUCUCUGAGACUCACUUAAGAAGCUUUCUUGAUAUGUUUUAACUUUACAGUUAUUUGAUCUUAAAUCGUUUGUAAACUGAAAACACUUUGGUUAUUACAAGAGUCUGGGUACUAGUUCAAAAUGAGGAGAAGGUCUGAGCUUCUUGAGAAUUGAUUUUAGUUUCAAUUUCUCCUUUCCUAAAGGCAGGCCUUUCCUGUGUGGCCACACUGAUUUUUGGCAAUUGCU